UAUAGCAUUUAAGAUGAAUUUCUUAACAUUGCGCUGUCUCCUUCCUCUGCUACUUUUAAACUUUGUUUAUUCUGGACAGAUUCUGAGGAUGAUCAAGAGGCGUGCACGUGACAACCAGCUUCAGAAAAACAAGCAGCUUCUCCUGAAGCUCACAGUCAGUCUUCAUCAGCCUCUCCACCACGUGAAGGAGGGUUGGAUUGUCCAGCCCCUGGACCAUUUCAACCAACAAAAUAGCAACACCUUCCCUCAGAGGUUCUUUGUGAAUGAGGCAUACUGGCAGCAUCCUGAUGGCCCGGUGUUUCUCUACAUUGGGGGAGAAGGGCCCCUCGUUGAGUAUGAUGUUCUGACAGGUCACCAUAGUGACAUGGCUGAAGAGCACGGUGCUCUACUUCUGGCUCUGGAGCAUCGUUUCUAUGGUGACAGCAUUAACCCUGAUGGCCUCAAAACAGAGAACCUGGCAGACCUAAGCAGCCAGCAGGCACUUACUGACCUGGCUGCAUUCCACCAGUACAUCAGCCAAAACUUCAAUCUGACGCACAGAAACACAUGGAUCAGCUUCGGAGGCUCAUACUCUGGAGCUCUAUCAGCCUGGUUCAGAGGAAAGUUUCCCAAUCUGGUGUAUGGAGCUGUGGCCUCCUCUGCUCCAGUCAAGGCAAAGCUGGACUUUUCUGAGUAUAACAACGUUGUUGGCUUGAGCCUGUUGAAUGAGGCAGUUGGUGGCUCAGAGAAGUGUCUGUCUAAAGUGCGUGAAGCGUUUGCUGCAGUGAAAGAAGCCCUGAUGAGUGGAAAUAUCAACCAGGUAGCCUCAGACUUUGGAUGCUGUCAAAUCCCCAAGGAUCCUUAUGAUCAGAUUGAGCUGAUGGAAAGCUUGGCCGACAUUUUCAUGGGAGCAGUGCAGUACAAUGAAGAGGGGGUACUCAUGUCGAUAAAUGAGCUCUGUGGCAUAAUGACCAACAACAGCCAGGAAUAUCAGGAUGGGAUGGAAGCCUACAACCGCCUUGUUAAACUCUCACAGAUUUACCGAUUCACCAGUAAGGAGCCGUGUUUGGACAUCUCCUAUGAGAAAUCAAUGAAGGAUCUGAUGGACACGUCAGUCCAUGCCGGCAGAAGAGGAGAGAGACAGUGGACCUACCAGACAUGCACUGAAUUUGGCUUCUGUACAACACAAACACACACAGACACUUGUUUUCAUAUAUUAGCGUAAUUAGCAUAAUUAACAUAAUGCUUUCCCUAGCUGCGUACUCUAACCAUCAGAAAAUGAAUGCCGAACCCUUAGCCUAAACCUAACCAUAACCUAAUUGUAACCCUGACACUAAAACGGCAUUUUGAGCCUGGAAAAUGCCUUCAAUCUUGUGGAGAUAGGCAUCUUGUCCCCAUAAGUGACUGUUGUCCCCCACAAGUAUAGUGGCAUGCCAAUUUUCUGUCCUCACAAAGUCAUGUAGACGUGUACACACACACACACACACACACACACUAACACUUCUUUAUCAUACGUGAUUUUUUUCUUUUCACGUUUGUAGACCAGACUUGUGAGGACGCCACUUGUCCUUUCUCUGGGAUGUUGACCCUGCAGGAUCAGACUAAGCUCUGUACCACGCUGUUUGGUAUUUCCCAGCAUUCCCUGCCUGCUCGCAUCGCCUUCACAAACACUUACUACGGAGGAGACAACCCCCACACACACAGAAUCCUUUAUGUUAAUGGUGAGAGUGGGUUUGCUACAGACAAAGUCAACACAUUUACAGAGAAAAUACAAAAGAGGAAUCGACCCGUGGAAGACGCUGUCGGUGGUGCAGGACGGGACUGAGGAAGGAGAGGAGGCCCAGACAAUUUUCAUUAAGGACACUGCGCACUGCGCUGACAUGUCGAGUAGAAGAGUCACAGACCGCAGCUCGCUCACGAAAGCCAGACAGGAGAUUGAAAAACACGUGGCUAACUGGCUAAAGGCAGCUGCCCAGGAGAAGCUGGAGAAAGGAACGUCCUGAUCAGAUCACAUUAUAACCCGAUCAGCCCUUAUCACCCACGUCUGCAGCUGAUAAGAAAUAGUUAAUAAUCUGUCCUCCGCCUCCUCCUUCUCCUGCUCAUCAUCUUCCAUUUCCUCCCUCCUGUUCUCUGCCCCUUUGCUGUCCAUCUAUAACAAUCUCACAGCACAGAGGCCGAUCUGUGUAUUUAUGUGUUGUGCUUUUCGAGAUUUUCCUCUUAUGUCUUUAUUUUGGACUUUGUGCUGAACAUUUCUGAUGUUUAGGCUGAUUGAGUUUUUAGAGGUUUGUGUUCUUAACAGCCAUUUCUCACUGAUUAAUUUUUAAAUGGUGCUAGUAAAAUAAAAUGUUUUUCGUUUUUUUUUUAGCUGAGUUUUGUUUUUGAAGUAUUCCUCAGUUGUCAUAACCAUUAAGUGUCACUAGGGUGUGAUAUUGCUACAUGAUGAAAACCAUUUCUUGAGGCGCUGCUAUCAAAGUCCUGAGUGGCUUAUUUGUUGUUUUUGAUGAAAUACA